AUGCCCGGGAUGCUAAGGCUGGUGCUGCUGGCUUUGGCCAGUGCCGUGGGGCACAGCUGGGCCAGCGGCCUCACAGUAGAGACCGGCCUCUCCUUGCUGAGCUACCAGCUGUGCAGCUACCAGGAGACGAGGACCGAGCAGCGGGUGGAGGCGGUGCAGUCGUCCCACGUGACCUAUGUGGCUUGCGGUGGCUGGAUCCCGUGGCGGCGGUGCCCCAAGACCGUCUACAGGACCCAGUACCUGACGGUGGAGGCGCCUGAGGCCAGGAACGUCACAGCCUGCUGCGAGGGCUACGAGCAGCUGGGCGUCUACUGCGUCCUGCCUCUGAAUCGCUCUGCAGAGUUUGCAUCGAGACCUGGGCUCUGCCCGACGGCAGCACUAGAGGCACCCGUCUCCUCGUGUAGCUCAGACACUGACUGCCCUGGACUUCAGAAGUGCUGUCCCCAGCAAGGGGGACACCUCUGCAUGGCCCCUAGCCCCUCAGGAUCAGAGGGGAGCCUGGUCAGCUGGUACAAUGUGACCAUGCGGGUGAAGACGGACUUCAAGGACCUUCGAGGAGCGGACCCUGAGCUCCGGAGCCACUCGCGCCUCCUCUGCUCCCUGGUCACCAGUGCCUUGCAGCCACUGGACUCUGCCGUCCACUACCUGGGCUCUGCCAGCGGGGACAGUUCCACCACGGUGUCACAGCUGCUGCUUGGCCUGGCCCAGCCACUGUCGGUGGCCAACGUCUCCGCCCUGCUGGACGACAUCAUGAAGCGUGUGUGUGAAGUGAUGGGCAUCCAGGUGAAAGAUGUGGAUGAGUGUGUCUAUGCCGGGCUCCAUACCUGCUCCCAGAGGCAGCGGUGUCUGAACCUGGAAGGCUCCUACCAGUGCAUCAGUCCCCAGGCGCUCACCUUGCCUCCCCCAAUGCUGAGCCACACCAGGGAAGACACCCGGGUGUUUGAAGUCGUCAUAAGGAUCACUGACCGCAACCUGACGGACCAGCUGCUUGACGGCAGCAGCGAGGAGCACCGGAACUUCUCCCAGCAGCUGCUGCGCGAGGUUGAGAACUCCUUCCCGCCAGCCGUUUCCGACCUGCACAGAAGGGGGAAGCUGAAGCUGCAGAUCGCGUCGCUCCGGGCGGGAAGCCUGGUGGUGUCGCUCCGAGUCACCGUGCGAGACCCCGAGUCCCCAGUGGGUGUCUCCACACUGGCCCCCAUGCUCCAGCCUCUGUGUGCAAGCUCCGUGUUCCAGAUCGACCCCCAGGGGACGCAGGUGCAAGACUGGGACGAGUGUGCCCACAGUUCGGAGCACGACUGCUUGCCCGCCGCCCGCUGCGUCAACCUCGAGGGCUCCUACACCUGCCAGUGCCGCGAGGCCAAGGAUGCCAGCCCCGGUCGGGCCGGCCAGGCCUGUGAGGGUGACGAGGUGAGCCCCUCCGGACGUGCUCUGUCUGCAGCCACAGGGGUCACAGCUCCAGCCCUCGGCACGGGGACCACAGCCCUUGUCCCAGAGCCCCCGACGUUGUCCCUCAGCCCCAGGAACCUGGGAGGCUCCCCGACGGCAGCCCAGGCCCAGACCCCAGGGUCUCCGCCCACGAGAGGGGCAGGUGGUACAGUCGGACACGGAGGAAAUAGCACAGGGCCCGGCAGGUGGGACAAGGGGCCCAGUGUGGCCCCAGACCCAGGGCCGGGCCACGGGGUCACCGGUGGGGUGGCCAGCACAGCCUUCUUCCCCAGGGCUCCCGGGCCAAGCCCUGGUUCCCCUCAGGGGACCACAGAUGGCCCAGUGCAGCCCCCAGGACAGUCACGGGGAAACAUCACCAUGGAGCUGCCUCCCUUGCCGGCCUCCCCCACCGGCCCCCCAGGGCAUGUUGAGUGGCACAGCAGCCGGCCCACAACGGGGACGCCACUGAGCUCCGUGGGACUGCGGCACGAGGACCCUGGUCCUUCCCCCUUCCCAGACUCGCCGACAGUCCCCACCCCUGUGGCUCUGAAGACCCCUGGCUGUGGUCCUGUCCCCAUCAGAAAGGUCACGAUCUCCAAUGUGACCAGCACCAGCUUCCAUCUGGCAUGGGUGGCAGAUGUCGCCCUGCACCCCACCUUCCAUCUCGCUGCUGUCUCUCCACGGAGCCCCGCCGUGGGUCUGGACACCCAGGAGCCCAGUGCCACGCUGUCGGGGCUGGAUCCUGGCGUCCUGUACCUGGUGCACAUCACGGCCAAAGCGUGUGGGAAAGAGGGAGCCAGGAUGCAGCUGAAAGUGAGGACAGCGGCCCAGAAGCUCAGAGGCAGAGUCAGGAUCUCAAGCAUCAGGUACUCAGAGUCCUUCCAAGAUGCCAGCAGCGAGCAGUACCGAGACUUCCUGGGCCUGUUCUCCAGGGCGGUGCGGGACUCUCUGGCGGCUGCGCUGCCCCAGCACGUGGACACCGGCGGGAUCAGAAUGAGCGUCACCAGCAUCACCAACAGCAGUGGCAGUGUCGUGGUGGAGUUUGAUCUGCUGAUAACGGUGGCCCUGGAUGUCCGGGAGGCGUCAGCCGUGUUCCUCGAUGCCCUGGGGAACGUGUCCCGGCUGGAGGUGGUCAGGAGCGACGCUGUCAUAUGGGAUUACGACGAGUGCGAAAGGAUGGAGGAUGACUGCGUGCCGGGGGCCGCCUGCCGCAACAUCCUGGGGUCUUUCACCUGCAGCUGCGAGGGUGGAGCCCCCGACUCCCACGUGGAGUAUUCUGGAAGAGCCUGUGUGGGUGGCUCUGCUGACAGCUCCACUCUGACCCCGGGCCCAGAGCAGCGCCCGACCAGGGCGGGAACCUCGGCUGCCCUCCUGCCAGACACCAGCCCCGUGGCCCAGGGCCCCCCGCCGCGGCUGACCCUCACGGAUGCGGUCAGGGUGCUGUGCGAGGUCGAGCGGGUGGCCAUCGCCAUCCAGAAGCGCUUCCUGUGGCAGGAGGCCAUCCCUGAGGCCUCCCUGUACCUGGGGCAGCCGGCCUGCAACGUGAGCCUCAGCAACGCCUCCCACGUGCUCCUGGCGGUCAGCUGGGCCGAGUGUGGGACCCUCGUGCAGAGUAACAAGACCAGCACGGUGGUGAAGACGGUCCUGAGGAACGACCAGUCCCCGGACGGCGUCAUCCACCACCCGACCAUCCUGAGCCCCAUCCGCUGCGUCUUCCGGAACGACCUCCUGACGUCCCUGGGCUACACCCCGAAGUGGGGGGUUCCCUCCCUCGUGGAAGACCUGCACGGCGCGGGCACGUUUGUCACCGAAAUGCAGCUGUUCGUGGGAGACUCUCCCAUCCCUCAGAAUCACAGCGUGUCCGCCAGCGACGACGUCAAGAUCCAAGUGGGGCUGGACGGGCAGAACAGCCUCAAGGUGGUGCUGAUGGAGUGCUGGGCCACGCCCUCCAGCGACGCCCGGGACCCCGUCACCUUCGGCUUCAUCAACAACAGCUGCCCCAUCCCCAACACCCACACCAGGGUGAUCCAGAACGGUGACUCCAGCAAGGCCCAGUUUAAACUGAGAAUCUUCUCCUUCAUCAACAACUCCAUUGUCUACCUGCACUGCAAGCUGCGUGUCUGCAUGGAGUCCCCUGGCACCACGUGCAAAAUUAACUGCAAUGACUUCCGUUUUCUGAAAAGCAACCAGGGCUCAGCGGUGCUGCAGGCCACCUGGGGACCCCUCUUUCGCUCGGACGGUGUGUACCCACGUGCAAAGCCACACGUCGGGGCCGGCUACGUGACCCUCACCGUGGUCGCUGCCUUGGCCCUGGUGGCGGGGGCCGUGACCCUUCUGAUCCUGCGCUACCAGAGAUCCACCGGGAAGUACAGCUUCAGGAUGCAGCCGGGCAGCUUCGGCUACCAGGUGUUCUCCGGAUAGGAGGCCCAGCUGCCUGAGGUAACCACGAGUCAAGCUCGGAUCCCAACUUGUGAAGCAUUAACCGAGUCGCCUCUGUGCUGCUCUUUGUGGCAGCACGCAGAUGAGCCCCAGAGUGGCGGAGCGGCCUCCGUCUGUCCCCCGGGGCCGCUGCCCUGCAGCUUCCAGACCAGCAGCACCUGCCAGGCAGGGGACAGGAUUAUGGGGAUGUAGGCAGAGUGCCAGGUGUGCUGGAUCCUCAAACCCAGCACAAAUGCUGCUCCUGUCACCCAAGCCACCCGCACAUCUGUCACCAGACCCUCGCCCUCCAGCCCGGUCCACAAGAGCCUCGAUCAUUGACAGCCAGGGCCCAACACUUGUCAAUUACGAAGUGUUUCACAUUUUAAACGGUCAAUGAUGUGAAGCUCUUUUACAAAUAGGUCUGUCUCAUGAAGCCCUCAUUGCUAACAUUAUUUUUAGGAGCUGCAUAUGAUAAUAGAAUUGAUCGAUUAUGUAACCAAAAUGUCCAAAGGUAUGGUGUUCUUCAGGAAAGGUUUGAUCCAGCAAUGUCACUGCGACCAAGUCAUUAUUUUAUCUUGCAUUACCAGUUUGUUGUUUUUAUUUACACAACAGCAGCAGAAAAGAGUUUAGUGAUAUGAAAAUCUUUCUAAUAAGUAAAAAUACCAUGACAUGUAGACAUUACUCUCCUAUGUUCCCAGACAUGCUCACAGCCAUUUUUUUCAUACUAUCCGACCACUGGGGAAGCUGUGAUUUACCCAUUGCCAUGAGAAAUGAGAAAGGGGGUAGAUGAAUUACAUAUGUAAAGUCAUAUAAUGAAUGAAUGAGGAAAUGGAUCUAGAAUAUAACUAUUUUAGUCUAGAAUUUUCUCCAUUGCACCAUACUAGGAGAUACUGCUUUUUACUUUAUUUGAAACAAAUUAAAAUUGAUUAGAGAGCUAAUAUCUAAAAGUAUGGCGUUGCCCCUCGAUGAACUUAGAAUCGUAACAGGAUAUUAGUUUUUAAUUCAUAAGAUUCAUUCUGUUGGAUGUAAUUAACUGUCACUCAUACAGAAUAUUUGGGAAAAGGAGUAUUUUGAUUAACUGGAUAUUCUCAGAGUCUGAAUGACGAUAUGUAAUAUGUGUAGGUAACCGAUUUUGAGCAAGCGAAUAAAGUGC